AUUGACUUUCCCACAUUUGGUCACACUAUCCGCAACUAAUGUUUCAUUCGCCCAAUCAAAAGUUAGUUUUUUAAACGCGCAGUAGAAAUCAACAAGUGAUCACCAACCAACCAAUAACCAUGUCCAGCGAAGGAACAAAGACUUUCACCCGCGCAGAGGUCGCCAAGCACAACACAAACAAGGACACCUGGCUGCUCAUCCACAACAACGUCUACGAUGUGACGGCUUUUCUGAACGAGCAUCCCGGUGGCGAGGAAGUGCUCAUCGAGCAGGCCGGCAAGGAUGCCACAGAGAACUUCGAGGAUGUUGGCCACAGCAACGACGCCCGGGACAUGAUGAAGAAGUACAAGAUCGGUGAGCUGGUGGAGAGCGAACGCACCAGCGUCGCCCAGAAGUCGGAGCCCACCUGGAGCACGGAGACGCAGAACGAGGAGAGCUCGGUGAAGUCCUGGCUGCUGCCCCUGGUCCUGUGUCUGGUGGCCACGCUAUUCUACAAGUUCUUCUUUGGCGGUGCCAAGCAGUAGUAGUCCCCCAAUCCCAACGGUGCCCAUCGGAGGCCCUCCGAUCGCGAUGCGGAGCAACCAAUUAGUUAAUCCACGAACGCUCAAAGUCAAAUAAGGAUGGGGAGAGGCAGCGGAUCGGGGCCAUAUUUAAUAGUAGAAUUUGUGCUAAGUUUUAAAGUUACCUUUGGCAUUUUUUUGUACACAACCUUUACAUAUGUAUUCAAUUCCUUCAGACGGCGGGGCUAGAGUUCUGUUUUCCAAUUGAUAUUUCAACUUUUGAGGCAUGAAACGAAACGACAGCAGAGCGUUUUCAAACACAUGUAUGUACAUUAAACGUAUUCCAGAAAGAAAAACACAAAAAAACUCCAAAAAGUCAUUUAAAUUCAGA